CAUACCAGCUGUCAUCUGCCAGCAGGCUGCCUUUUUUUCUGACGUUCAUUCAUGUUCUUUCAUUGAGUCGCUUUUGCGCGAAUAAUUUUGAAUUGACACCCUAAUUUUACUCGAGUUUUAGACAUAACGUCAAUAUGCGUUGGUUUCAAGGCAACAUUGUCGAGGCUGUGACUCAAUCGAAAGCUCGGAACGCAGUGUUUGUUGUUUUUAUUGAAGGGAAAGAUGACAGAUCACAGAAGAUAGCGUCUGCAAUUGAUGAUGCUGAUGUGUCAUCAAAGUUGGAGGGAGAUAAUUUUGUCUCCAUUCGCCUUGAGAGUGGAACGGAAACAUUUACCCAAUUUUCUCAAAUUUAUCGUAACCCUUCUAUACCAUCGCUUUACUUCAUUGGUCGUAAUGGAUCUCCCAUCAAGAUUGUGACAGAUGCUGAUGAUUCUAAAAUUCUUCUUAAACAAAUUGUUCACGUCGAAAAUGUUCAUUUUGGGAAAUCUAAUUCUAAAGAAGCACCGUCUACCCAGUCAGCAGCAGCGAAAGCUUCUUCUUCUAAACCAUCAGAAACAGCCACAGAAGCAGCCAAACCAUCAGAAACAGCCACAGAAGAACCUGCUUCUCAACCUGGAGCAUCUUCAGUUCCUUUAGAUGAACGUGUUGAGCGUGCUAAGGAAUUGUUGGAGGAAAAGCGUUUGAAGAAACAAGCUGAGGAAGAAGAAGAAGCAAGACAAAAGGAGAUGAGACGUCGCAAAGAGGGGCAAAACAUCCAAGAAAUGCGGAGGUUGCAGCAGGAGCAGGAGUUGAAGCAACUCAAAGAGGAGAGGAUGAGAGACAAACAACUCGAACAGGCGGCAAGGCAGCGAGUUUUGGAGCAGAUUGCUCAAGACAGAGCUGCCCGAAAUGCAAGAAAUGUUCCAUCCGCCCCUUCACCUGCUGUCAGUGGGCCUGCUACAGCACCAACACCUAUUCUCACUAAUAGUAAUCAAGCGCGCCUUCAGUUUAGGCUUCCGGAUGGAUCAACUCAUUCUCAUACUUUUGAAGCUAUGUCUACUCUUGGUGAUGUCCGGCAGUACAUAGUAUCAAAUAUAACUCUUCCUUAUCAGAACUUUUCAUUGGCCACCGCUUUUCCACGCCAUGAGUUUUCCUCUCAAGACAACUCUUCAACUCUUCGUGACCUCCAAUUGGUUCCAUCAUCCCUUGUACUUAUUGUACCAGCUGGUGGUAAUUCUGGUUCUCUUCAAAAUAGCCCAGGCUUGUUUGGCUUUGCUCAAACCAUGUUCCUGUUCAUGACGUACCCCUUGACUCGGCUCUUUUCAUUUAUUCGAGUCUUCAUCUUUGGUGCCCCCCCUCCUGCACCAGGCUCAAACUCUGGUGCUGCGGCUGGACCAGCCCCUGCUCAAAACCAAGCCAACAACCAGCAAGACAGGAGACCUCAAAGGAGAAGUGGAGGGGCGUACAGGCGAGCGGGGAACAGUAAUGUACACCGUCUUCAUCAAAGCAAUUCUUCCUCUGAUGACGAAAAUAAUACGUGGAAUGGAAAUUCAACUCAACAAAUGUGAAGCAUUAACUUUUCUGUGCACAUAAUUUUUUUUU